ACUAUGGUCUUAAAAAACUUGUCAACUUGAUGCAUUUGUGCUGUUUUCUGCUACUCCCAGAGUUAAAUUUUAAUUUGCAGCAAUAAAGAAGUGUUUCAUCAAAAAGGUGGAAUUUAGAUUUAGAAAAUAUUUCUGAAUAUAUACUACGCAAAUUUGGAACAUUAAAGUGAUUUUUAAAAAUCGCUGGCCCUCACACCAACGCGAUUCGCUCAACUAUUCUAGAUAAAAGUCUAGGUAGCUUACAAAAUCAGCAGUAUAUUUAUUAAGACAUCUCAUUCUGGUUUAAAGGUCGUCAAAAUUGAUACCGUCGCAAUAAUAACGUCGAGCACCUGCAACGCCAAAGAUAGCGUUUGCAAAAGCUCCAGUGGCGUUAGUCUAGUGCCAAGUUGUAGUGGUGCUGUUGGAAAAGUGCAGUUAAUUCCUGGACCAGGACUAGUAGCUACAAGUAAAAUGUCGGGUGAUCAAAAAACCCUUCUAAAGGGGCACUCAUCACAGUAUGUAAAGCUAAAUGUUGGUGGAAGGUUGUACUACACAACAAUUGGUACAUUGACGAAACACGAUACGAUGUUAAGUGCAAUGUUCAGCGGUCGCAUGGAAGUGUUAACUGAUUCAGAGGGUUGGAUUCUAAUCGACCGUUGUGGCAAUCAUUUCGGUACCAUACUGAAUUAUUUACGUGACGGUACUGUUCCACUACCAGAAUCUCAUAAAGAAAUCGCCGAAUUGCUUGCCGAAGCAAAAUAUUAUUGCAUAACCGAAUUGGCCAUGUCUUGUGAGCGAGCACUCCUGGCACACCAGGAGCCCAAACCAAUUUGCCGAAUUCCAUUAAUCACCUCGCAAAAGGAGGAGCAACUAUUGAUUAGUUCGUCGUCGAAGCCAGCAGUAAUUUUGGUAGUGCAGCGACAAAAUAAUAAAUACUCUUACACAAGCACAUCAGACGAUAACUUACUGAAAAAUAUUGAACUUUUUGAUAAAUUGUCUUUACGUUUCAAUGAACGCAUAUUAUUUAUAAAGGAUGUGAUUGGACCUAGUGAAAUAUGUUGCUGGUCAUUUUAUGGUCAUGGAAAAAAAGUCGCUGAAGUAUGCUGCACUUCAAUUGUGUAUGCCACAGAUAGAAAGCAUACCAAAGUCGAAUUUCCCGAAGCACGCAUAUAUGAGGAAACGUUACAAGUACUUUUGUAUGAGAAUCGUAAUGCACCAGAUCAAGAAUUAUUGCAGGCAACAUCAUCUGUACGCGGAGCCGUGGCUGCGCCUGGUAUGCAGCAGUAUACCAGUGAUGAGGAGGAAGAACGCACUAGUUUGGCUCGUUUACGUUCGAACAAACGCAACAAUCCCACAUGAUUCGUGAAACAAUAUGUUGGAUGACAACGCACCGCACUUCCCUAACUUUGGAGGGAUGUAAGCGGAGGUAGUGUGUAAAUCGCCAAAGAAAGAUACUAUUAUGGGGAUAUAAAAGCACCCGAACGCGUGACAAAGACAAGUUUACUCGUAAAAUUAAAAUAUAAGUGUAUGUUCAGAACACAAAUGACCAUAUGUACGAAAUCACUUGAAAGGUCAAUAUUAUAUAAAUCCUUAAAGAAAUCUAGUAUAAUGCAAUGCAACGACCUUUGUUCAGCAUGUUUGGGGUUCUGUAUAUUAACAUACAUAUUUUUAUAUCUCAAUUUGUUAAAAAUAUUUUUCACCACAUAACACCAUAUGCACAUACAUAAAUAUGUUGUUGAUCUGUUGCUUAACAAUUCUACACACUAUAGUAUUAAACGCACAUACACAAACAUUCUCAUUAUCAGUUUGCAAUUUACAAUUGUUUUUUAUUUUUUUAUUUAUACAAUUGCGUUUGAUAUUAGUGUGAAACUGAUGAGUUUCACGAACGCGGUUUAAAUUUAAAAAUAGUUCCUGUAUUCUUACGCACAGGCAGAUUGUAAGACCCAUAUGUGACUCAUAUGUAGGUAACCGUUACAACAACAACAACAUCCCAUAUGUGAUUUACAUACCCACAAAUAAAAACUAUCGCAUUGAUGACUAAAUUAUCGUAUUAAAUCGUUCAAACUUUAACACAAAUAACAUUGGGGCAUCCAAUAGAACUAAAACAAAUAAAAUACUUCUAUUUGGAAAUAGUGAAUGCGCUUGAAAUCGUAUAACUUACAAAUAUUAAAA